AUGGGUUCCCUUCAAUCAGAUCAUAGAUUGGUGUCAGGAAGUCAGAAUGCAUUUGUAAGAGAAAGGAAAAUCUCAGAUGCUUGUCCUAUUUCUAAUGAAGCACUAGACUGGAGGCGUAAGAGUGGAGAACCAGGGUUUUUAUUGAAGCUAGACAUUGAAAAGGCUUUUGACGAAGGGAACUGUGGGCUUUUUUUCUCCUCAAAGGGGCAUUACACAGGGUGGUCUCUCUCACCUUUCUUAUUCACCUUGGAAAUCGAGGGAAUCAGAAAAGUUCUUCAAAAAGCUAGUUCUUUUCUUGUCAUUGGAUUGACUGUCCUUUUAAUAUAG